UUAGGUGUAAAUGUUUAAUCAGACCGUUAAUGUCUGAUUAUAAAAUAAAUAUAUCAACCAAUAAAAAUAAAGAAAUGAAGCUCAGGUUCCUUCUUGCCCAUACCCCUAAAUAAUGGAUAGCCAUAGAGGAUAUUGACAAAUAAGACUUGAGACGCAUGACCAAGAUGUACAAUGUGACAACCUCUUGGGAGCUGGAAAUGUCUAAUCUUUCUUGAGUGUGCUUGGAUAGCUUCACUGAAUUAAAAAUGGUGGCUAGAGUCUCAGAUAUUGACCUCUUACACUAAAUAUUUAUUUUCUGGAGAAGUAGGGGAAUCCAAUUACGACAGAAGUUUCUUGACAUUUUAUCUGUUUGUUUUAAUUAUUGUAAGAAGAACGCUGCACUUGCAAUUGUGAUCAUGGUUGGUGAUGAACUAAUCAUAGAGUACUGUAAUUGCCAAUUGGUUUGUUAGGCUCCAUCUUUUCUUUAAUAGGUUUGGUGAAGACUUUAGUUUUCCCAUUGGAGUAGAUGCUCAAUUACCAGUUACAUCGAUGAAUGGACAAAUGCUAAAACAAUUAAAUGAUGACAAAAUUAUCAAUGGAGAUUUUUUUUUUUAAUUUUUGUUCAAAUGUGUAUGAAUAAUUUUGUGAAUUUGGCUAAAUGAUUAUUGAAUCCAUGCAAUAAAAUAAAUGGAAUAAAUCCGAUUUUUAUUGAUACAAUCUGAACUAUUAUCAGCAAUUCAUACUGAAUUAUUUUCUGAUAUAAAAAAUAUACAUACUAGAAAAAUAGCUUAUCUUUGAUUCUUCUUGAUGACAAAGUUUUUGUCAAAUAGAUGCUUCACCAAAUUAUAAAUAUUUUAUUGGAAAAAGGGUUUCGUGUUAUAUUAUCUGAUCUGAUAAGCAAAAUAAUUAAGGAUGAACUUUCAAAACUGAAAAGUUCAAGUAACCUUGUGCUAGAAAUCUGCAAACAGGUUCUUGAAAGUCAAAAAUUGGUUAUGCCCUUUGGGUUUUUUUUCUUUUGUUGGAAAGACUAAUUAAUCAUCAAGAUUCUUAGCUUCUACGUUGGACUUUUAUGUGGCAAGAGAACAGUUAUUAAGUUCUCACCUGCUACAUCUGCCCCAGACCCCAGUAGUAUAAAUUAUAAAUUAUAUUUUAUUUUAAGUAAUCAUAAUUCAGAUGUACCUAGCUUGUUUUUGAUUACUUCAAAUCAGUAAACCUAUCGAAAGCACCUGCAAUCUCUCACAAACCUAUAAUCUGCAUUGCUGUACUUGUAGUCAUACAUAAUAGCUGAUAGCAGAAGGUGUUGUAGUUCAACAAAAUGAGUUUCCUGCCAAAGCUUCUAUUUUUGUAUUUUUGGCUGUUUUGGAUGAAUCAAGUCUCUGUCUUUGUCACCUCACAAAGGAGAGGACGGUCUGGAAAUGUUAUUAGCGGCACUGUUUUUGUUAAUGGAACAGUUUCAAUAGGAAGAACAGAUGAUAAUUUCAUCUGUGCUACUCUGGACUGGUGGCCUCCUGAAAAAUGUGACUAUGGAAAAUGUAGCUGGGGCAGAGCUUCUCUUCUUAAUCUAGAUCUUGCCAACCCCAUAUUGUUAAAUGCUAUCAAAGCUUUUUCGCCAUUAAAGAUCAGAAUGGGUGGAACCCUGCAAGAUAAUGUGAUUUAUGAGACAAAAGGUGAUAAAAAUCCUUGUGUACCAUUUACUAAAAAUAAUUCGGAGAUGUUUGGUUUCUCCAAAGGUUGCUUACCUAUGUCUAGAUGGGACGAACUCAACAUUUUCUUCAAAAAAGCUGGGGCUAUGGUGGUUUUUGGAUUAAAUGCACUAAGUGGGAGGACUGUAGGUCUAGAUGGCUCUGCUGUGGGAGCUUGGAAUUCUAGUAAUGCUGAGUCGCUCAUACGAUACACUGUCAACAAAGGCUAUACUAUUUAUGGUUGGGAACUUGGUAAUGAGCUGUGUGGCUCUGGCAUUGGAGCAAGAGUUGCAGCAGAUCAAUAUGCAGCUGAUGUGAACUCUCUUCGAAACAUUGUUCAGAAUAUAUAUAAAGGCUUCAAGGCUAAGCCACUAGUGAUAGCACCAGGAGGAUUCUUUGAAGCAAAUUGGUUUAUAGAAUUUGUACAAAAAACACCUAAAUUGCUUCAAGUAGUGACACAACACAUUUACAACCUUGGUCCAGGUAAUGAUAAUCAGCUUACCAACAAAAUCUUAAAUCCAUCUUAUCUAGAUGGUGGGCACCAGAUCUUCAGAGACCUUCAAUCAAUUUUGAAGAAUUCAGCAACUUCAGCAGUUGCUUGGGUUGGUGAAGCAGGAGGAGCUUAUAACAGUGGCCAAAAUCUUGUCAGCAAUUCAUUUAUCUAUAGUUUCUGGUAUUUAGACCAGCUAGGGAUGGCAUCUUCCUAUGAUACCAAAACAUACUGCAGACAGACAUUGAUUGGUGGAAACUAUGGCCUGCUUGACACUUCUACCUUUGUCCCACAUCCAGAUUAUUAUAGUGCUCUUCUCUGGCAUCGGUUAAUGGGGAGCAAUGUCCUGUCUACAAGCUUCUCUGGGUCAAAAUUUAUACGAGCUUAUGCUCACUGUUCCAAACAAUCUCAAGGAAUCACACUGCUACUCAUCAACUUAAAUUCUAAGACUACGGUUCAAGUCCGUGUUUCGACUGAAAAUCCUGCUAGUAAUGGAGGUUUGAGUUUGCAAUCAGAGGAACAAAUUCCAAGAAUAAAUUUUGCAACCAUGUCUAGAAAUUCUAGUGUUAAUGGAAACACCAGAGAAGAGUACCAUUUGACAGCCAAAGAUGGGAAUUUACAGAGUCAAAAUGUGGUUUUAAAUGGGAAAGUACUCACACUAAAUUCUUCUGAGGGCAUCCCUUUUAUGGACCCAGUAAACAGGAGCAUGUUAGAUCCAAUCAUCGUUGCUCCUUUUUCUGUUGUUUUUUCUCACAUUCCAAGCAUAAAACUUCCUGCUUGUAAGUAA